CGUCGCGUGCCUGAAUUUGCUAGCUAAAUCACUUCGAAUGCCUACCAAACACGUUUUAUUGGGAGGGACGUUUUAAGCAUUUAUCUUGGGUACCAGCGGGGAAAUGUGUACUGGCGUCUGUUAAAGACAAGCGUCCGUCCGUCCGUCGCUUGACUAAUUCAACGGUGGUGACAGCAGAAUUGUUGGGAAUUUGCAACUCUUCUGCUUACAUGCAUACACCUUUUUUCUGUUUGUCUGUCUGUCCGCCCGAACCUGAGCAAACAUGCCUCAGUCUGCAGCUGUCAUAAGUGGACUCCAGAGGAUGGUUCUAUACGAGACCCGAGCCAGGUAUUUUUUGGUGGGGAGCAAUCAGGCUCAGACCAAACACAGAGUGCUGAAGAUCGACCGCACCGAACCCAAGGACCUGGUCAUCAUUGACGAUAAGCACGUGUACAGCCAGCAGGAGGUGCGCGACUUGCUGAGUCGUCUGGAUUUGGGAAACCGCACAAAGAUGGCCCAAAAGGGUCCGUCGGGCCUCUCCAGGGCCGUGACGGCCGUCGGCGUGGUGGGCUUUGUGCGCUUCCUAGAGGGCUACUACAUGGUGUUGAUCACCAAACGGCGGAAAAUGGCCGACAUCGGGGGCCACUCUAUUUACAAAAUUGAGGACACGACCAUGAUCUACAUUCCCAACGACUCGGUGCGGGUGGCGCACCCCGACGAAGCUAGAUAUGUCCGGAUCUUCCAAAACAUGGACUUAUCUAGUAACUUUUACUUCAGCCACAGCUACGACCUGAGCCACUCGCUGCAGCACAACCUGACGCUGCUGCGGAGGCCUUACGGGCAGUGGGCCACGGAGGCCGGCGACGGCGAGGACCAGGCCGCCGAGGCGCCCGAGCGACGGGACGGCUUUGACAUCUUUGAAGAUGAGGGCUUGCCCGCUCAAGUGGUUUACGGAGUGCGCGCCGAGCCCUACUCCAAGUACGUGUGGAACGGGAACCUGCUGCGGCGUGUCAAGGACGUGGUGCACCCCGACUGGCUCUUGUACAUCAUCCACGGCUUUUGCGGCCAGUCCAAGCUGCUCAUCUACGGCCGGCCGGUGCACGUGACCCUCAUCGCCAGGCGCUCCAGCAAAUUUGCCGGCACCCGCUUCCUGAAAAGAGGCGCCAACUGCGAGGGCGACGUGGCCAACGAAGUGGAGACGGAGCAGAUGGUCCACGACGCCUCGGUGAUGUCCUUCCGGGUGGGAAGCUACUCGUCCUACGUGCAGACGCGAGGCUCCGUCCCGCUUUACUGGUCCCAGGACAUUUCCACCAUGAUGCCCAAGCCCCCGAUCCGACUGGACCAAGCGGACCCGUACGCACACGUGGCCGCUCUUCAUUUUGACCAGAUGCUGCAGCGCUUUGGAUCGCCCAUCAUCAUCCUCAACCUGGUCAAGAAACGAGAGAAAAGGAAACACGAGAAGAUUUUGAGCGAGGAGCUGCACCCCGCCAUCAUCAACCUGAACCAGUUCCUGCCGCAGCAGCACGGCAUUGAGUACAUCGCCUGGGACAUGGCCCGCUACACCAAGAGCAAGCUGUGCAACGUCUUGGACCGUCUGAGUAUGAUCGCCGAGAACGUGGUCAAGCGAACGGGCUUUUUUGUCAACCGAGCAGAUUUCUACUGUCACGCGCUCCACCCCGAUGAAAGAUGGGGCGACCUGGGCGGAAGCAUUUCGGGCGCUGGGCGAGCGCAGACGGGUGUGCUCAGGACCAACUGCGUGGACUGUUUGGACCGAACCAACACAGCCCAGUUCAUGGUGGGCAAGUGCGCGCUCGCCUAUCAACUCUACGCGCUGGGAAUGAUCGACAAGCCCAAGCUCCAGUUUGACACGGACUGCGUCAGGCUGUUUGAGGAGCUGUACGAGGACCACGGCGACACGCUUUCGCUGCAGUACGGCGGCUCGCAGCUGGUGCACCGGGUCAAGACCUACCGCAAGAUUGCGCCGUGGACGCAGCACUCCAAAGACAUCAUGCAGACGCUGUCGCGCUACUACAGCAACGCUUUCUCAGAUGCCGACAGACAGGACGCCAUCAACUUGUUCCUUCAAGUGUACCAGCCGGUGGAGAACAGGCCGCACCUGUGGGACCUGCCCACCGACUUCUACCUGCACCAGAAGAGCACCAUGGCGCUCCCAGCGGACCGCCGCAGCUACACCUUGUGGUGGUCCGAAGGAGUCCUGUCCUACCUCCCCAUCGCCUUGGACCAAGUCCCGUGCGAGCAAACCAUGAAGAAGCUGGCGGUCAAGCGAGUCAACCGCUUGGACGAGAGCGUCGACAUCUACGCCGAGUUCUUCAGACCCUACGAGCUCACCUCCUUCGACGACACCUUCUGCAAGGCCAUGACCAACUCGGCCAGGGAGUUCAUGCCCAAAACGGUGGGGGUGGAUCCCAGCCCCUUCACUGUCCGCAAACCGGAGGAGACGGCCAAAUCCGUGCUGGGCAACAAGAGCACCAAGGAGGAGACGCUGGUGCAGAGGAAGACGGCGGCCAGCGCGCCGCCUCCGCCCAGCGAGGAGGCCAUUUCCAGCUCCUCGGAGGACGACUCUGAGGAGGAGCGCGACGACGACGCCGCCGCCUCCGUCUCGCAGCGCUCCACCCCGGUCAAGCUUUGGUCGGCCGAUUCCGGAGAGGGCGCUCGUGCCCACGAGGAGAGCCAGCAGCAGCAGCCGCAGCAGCAGCCGCAGCAGCAGCAGCAGCAUCCGGCCUUCAAGGAGCCCUACGGGCUCAAUCUGGCAACGGUCCCCGCCGAGCAAGACCUGCUCAUCUACGAGCGCUUCGCACGGCUGGGCGAGAGCCAGCAGCGGCGAGCGGCCAAGAGCGAGCACCUCCACCUGCCCAACGUCACCCGCUUGAGAGCGGAGAGAAGCUCUCCGCCGGCAGGGACGACAAAAGACUGGUUGGCGGCGGUGAUGAACGACUCGGCGGCGGCGCCGGCCAACGGCUCGUGGGCCCGGCCCCCGGCCCGCAACGACACCUCGAUGACGCGGUGGGACUCCCCGGCGGCGGCGGCGAUGGGGCCGGCCUCCGCCGUCAACCCGUGGGACGUCAUGCUGUGCGUCUCGGGCACGGCCAUCGCCUGCGAGAACGCCAUUGUGGUGGCCAUCAUCAUCUACACGCCGGCGCUCAGGACUCCUAUGUUCGCUCUGGUGGGCAGCCUGGCCACGGCCGACCUGCUGUCCGGCGUAGGGCUGGUGGUCAACUUCGUCCUUCGCUACGCCGUCCCCUCUCAGGCGCUGAGUCUGGCCACGGUGGGCUUCCUGGUGGCCUCCUUCGCGGCGUCCAUCAUCAGCCUGCUGGCCAUCACGGUGGACCGCUACUUGUCGCUCUACGACGCCCUGGCCUACUACUCGGAGAAGACGCUGCAGCGGACUCGCGCCAUGCUGCUGGCCACCUGGGGCGCCUCGCUGCUCCUGGGCCUGCUGCCCGUGCUGGGCUGGAACUGCCUGAGGCGGCCGGCGGCGUGCAGCGUGGUGCGGCCGCUGACGCGCGGCAACCUGACGCUGCUGGCCGCCGCCUUCUUUGUCAUCUUUGCGCUCAUGCUGAUGCUCUACUUGCAAAUCUGCAAGAUCGUGUGGCGCCACGCCCACCAGAUCGCCCUGCAGCGCCACUUCUUUGCCGCCUCGCACUACGUGGCCACCAAGAAGGGCGUGUCCACCCUGGCCAUCGUCCUGGGGACCUUUGGCGCCAGCUGGCUGCCCUUCGCCGUCUACUGCCUGGUGGGCGAGCGCGAGUACCCGCCGGUGUACACCUACGCCACGCUGCUGCCCGCCACCUACAACUCCAUGAUCAACCCCAUCAUCUACGCCUACAGGAACGCCGAGAUCCAGCGCUCCAUCUACCUGCUCCUGUGCGGCUGCUUCCGCCCCAACGCCGCCUACCGCUCUGGAUCGCCCAGCGAAGUCUGAGCCGCUUCCGUGGGCAAAAAGCGCCAGGUGGAUAGCAUUUUUUAAAAUCCAAACUAUUGGGAUUUAUUUCCAAGUUCAUAACUAUUUGGCAUUGAACGCAACACGAGUUCUGGAGGGAACUUUGAGAAACUCUGACCAAGAAAAGACGGAGAAAACGUCCGACUUCACUCGUGAAUGUACCGUCGUGGAAAAAGAAAAGAAAAGUGCACUUUAUUCAACGUCUGUCUCUGUUUUUGUUUUUGUUUGGUUUUGAAAUGCCAAAGCAGUAUUCUAACAACCCUUCUUGUAUAUUGUGACCGGUGUGCCAUUUUCUAUUUGGUAUCUUUCAUUGUGCAUUUUCUACCAGGAAAAAGAAAAGAAAAGAAUAAAGUGCUCCAAAUGCAGAAAUGUCCAACACGAGCGUUGUUCUCC